CUCUCAGCGACCAUUCCCGAUGCGAUUCGCUCUCUCCACGGGGGUCCCCUUGACGCUUGUCCGUGGGCUUCGAACCUUCCAAGGGCUCUGGGCUGUCGCUGCGCUGAACAUCUGCGCUUCACCACAUUAAUAUGUCGCUGUUGAGCAGAUCGCUCUCUGGGGCUCGACUCCUCUGACCGUGCUCGCCUCCCGCUGCUCACUUGCCUCCGGUACUUGCCCACCUCUUCGGCCUCCUUUCCACCCUUCUCGUUGCCCAAAGCCUGCAUCCUUCCCCCCCACAGAGUUUUUCCGGCGAGCGAAGAUAAGGAAUCGGCGUCGCGAUGGGCCUCGGUGUUCUUGACGAUCGGAAGCUGGACCAUGUGCCCGGCACGGCAUUUGUUGUCGACGACGAAAGUCGCCGCGCGGAGGAAGAUAUCACUAUCGACCCAAACCUCAAGUACGAUACGAGCGGGCCGGUCCCCAUCAUUCUCGUGCCUCAGCCGUCGGACGACCCCAACGACCCACUUAACUGGCCACUAUGGAAGCGGGACAUGAUCCUCUUCAUCCUUUCGCUCUUGGGCGUCAUCGUCUCGACUCUUUCGCCCAUUCUCGCCGCCGACUCGGUCACGCUUGCUCUAAGGUACAAGAGAACGUUUAACGACAUUGCCCUGCUCACGGGCUGGCAUUUGCUGGGGGUAGGCAUCGGAGGCUUCAUCUUCGUCCCCAGCUCCCGCGUCUGGGGGAAGCGACAUGCCUUCAUCCUCGGAACAUGCAUUGCCAUCUUCAGCUCCGCCUGGGGCGGUGCCAGCGGUCUAAACUACAAGAGCUUGCUCUGGGCGCGCAUCUUUCAAGGCGUUGGCCUCGCCCCGUUCGAAGCGCUCGUCAACGCGACGGUGGGCGACCUGUACUUCGUGCACGAGCGUGGAAAGAGAAUGGCAAUCUCCAACUUCGCCGUCUUCGGCGGCGCCUUUAUGACACCUGUCGUUGUGGGCAAGAUCUCAAACACCAUGGGCUGGCAGUGGAGCUUCUACUUCGUGGCCAUCUUUGCGGGCGCGCUGCUGCCGUUCUUGUUCUUCUUCUGUCCGGAGACGGCAUACAGGCGUGCAGACAACCUGAACAGCGACACGUCCAUGGAACUGCAUGGAUUUAGGAGAAGCGUCGUGCUUACGAACGCCGAACAUGUCAACGACCAGCCCGACCAGGCACAGGUUCCCGAGGGAGGGUUUGAAAAGGGCCCAGAGACCACUGGCUCUGCUACGCACGCUGUGGCGAACAGAGAGGAAACACCGAAGACUCCACCUCCACCCAAGGUGACGUUUGUGCAGUCCCUGGCCCUUUUCAACGGCCGUAAAACAGACGAAUACGUGUGGAAGCUCGCUCUGCGACCGCUGCCUCUCUUCCUCCAUCCUGGCAUUCUUUGGGCCUGCUUGAUCCAAGGUGCCCUCAUCGGCUGGACGGUCUUCAUCGGCAUCGUACUUGCUGCCAUCAUGCUUGGCCCACCUCUGUUCUUCAACGAAGUCAAGACCGGCUACAUGUACACCUCCGCUUUCGUAGGAGCGGUGGUAGGCUUUGCUUUAUCUGGCUUGCUCUCCGAUUCCACAGCGAGCUGGAUGACGCGCAAGAACCGCGGCGUAUUCGAACCCGAGUUCAGACUCGUGCUCGUCAUCCCGCAGCUCAUUCUGGGCUGCAUCGGCCUGUAUGGGUUUGGCAUCACGUCAAACGACACGUACCGGUACGGCUGGUUUUGGCCUGACUUCUUCUUUGCCUUCGAGGUCGCCGGCAUGGUCAUCGGGGCUGUCGCUUCCUCUUUGUACGUGGUGGAUGCUCAUCGCAACAUUGCCGUUGAGGCAUUCACCUGCAUGAUGAUUUUCAAAAACGUCUUCUCGUUCGGCCUUACGUUCAGCGGCUACCAGUGGCUAGUUAUCGGUGGCAUCAAGCAGGUCUUCAUCGCGAUCGCGUCCGUACAAGUCGGUAUUUGUCUGCUGUCGGUGCCCAUGUACUUCUUCGGCAAGAAGAACCGAAGUUUCUUUGCGCGCUACGACAUAUUGAAAAUCUUGCAUCUGUGGUGAUUGGGGAGAGUUGGGUUUGAUAUGAUCACGGACUCAGUCUGAUUGCGCUGCACGGAACACACACACACACAUGUCACGACGAUUGUAUAGCGUUCUGCAUUGGACCACAAAACUGCUGUUGAGCCAGCCACUUUGGGAUUUGAGUGUCAAGAUAUAAUAAGACCAAGUAAUAAUCCGAGACGUGCAAAACUGCCCCUUGCUUGCCACAA